UUGAUGAUGUAGUCCAUGACUCAACCUGGUAUUACAUUUCAUGCAGUGGCUGUCAUACUAAGGCUACGAAAGGCCCAACUUCGUUGAUGUGUUCGAAAUGUGGGAAAGUCAACAUAGAUGGAGUAGCACAGUACCGUGCACAGAUAUCUGUCUAUGACAACAGUGAGCAAGCUGUUUUUGUACUGCUUGGUGAUGCUGGUUAUGAGUUGACUGAGAAGCAUGCAUCAGAAUUGGUCAGCAGCUAUUUUGAGACUAAUGGAAACCAAGGAGUUACCCAAGAGGUGCCUGUGCCGGAAGCUUUAAUCAGCACCAUCGGUCAAAAACAUAACUUUUGUGUGAAAGUUACAAAGCACAACUUAGAAGAGAAGUCUCAAUCUUUAACUGUGACCAAGAUUCUCCCUAUGGAGACUCCAGCAGCAACAGAAUCUUCGGAGGAAACAUUUGAGACUGGAGGCAACGUGUGUGAAGCUUCCAAAGUCAAUGUGGAUUCAGCAGAGGAGAUGAAGAGAACUUGUGGCAUUGAUGAGAUGGGGAACGCUAAACGCCUUAAGGGUGGGAAUUAGAGAUUCCGUGUGGCGUCACAUAGCUU